AUGGUGGGUGAUCAUGUCUUUCUGAAAGUUUCACCUAGCAAAGGUGUCAUGAGAUUUGGACAGUCUGGUAAGCUGAGCCUGAGGUAUAUUGAUCCGUACGAAAUCCUGGAGCGAGUCAAUGAAGUGGCUUAUCGAUUAGCUUUACCCACAAACUUGGAUCGAGUGCAUAACGUCUUCCAUAUAUUGAUGUUGAGGAAGUAUAUUCCGGAUCCAAGCCACGUAAUUAGGCACGAGCCCUUACAAUUGAGGAACAAUAUGUCCUAUGAAGAGAAACCAAUUGAAAUUCUUGAUCGUAGAGAAAAGCAGCUCAGGAAUAAGACAAUCCAUAUGGUCAAAAUUCUGUGGGCUAACCAUUCAUCGUCUGAGGCCACGUGGGAAGUAGAAGAUCAAAUGCAAGCAAGAUACCCCCACCUAUUUGCUUAG